AUGGCACAUCUCGCGGAAGUACGGAAAAGCUGGGCAUUCUACGAGAAGCAUCUGAAAGGUAACGGUAUGGUGGUUUUGGACGGUGAGAAGAACUCACUCAAACUAGCUCAAAUAGUGGUUGUGUCAAGGCUAUCUUCAGAGACUUCGUUACUGCAGUCGGAUUCGAUUUCCAAACGUGUCCAGGAAAGCAUUGACACACUGGAAUCUCAUUUAAGGAAUGGCGAGGACGUUUAUGGCGUCAACACAGGCUGUGGUGGUAAUGCCAACACGAGAACAGAAAAGCUUGAAAUGCUGCAGAAGGCCUUCCUGCAGCAUCACCAAGCAGGGAUUUUGCCUGGGACGCCUGGACUGAAUGGCUGCAACUAUGCUCUUCCAUUGGAUGUAGUGCGGGGAGCCAUACUAAUACGCUGCAACUCGCUUCUUCGGGGUCAUUCUGCUGUCAGAAUGGAAGUGAUUGAACUUCUGCGGCAAGCCCUGAACUGCAAUAUUACACCCUUGAUCCCACUACGAGGCAGUAUCUCGGCAUCGGGCGAUCUGUCUCCACUUUCUUACAUUGGUGGGCUCGUCGAGGGUAACCCAGAUAUCUUCGUCCAUGUCAGACAGAACGAGGCCAACGCCACAGAAAGGGAUAAAGUUGUCUCUGCAGCAGAUGCUUUACACCAGUCCAAUAUUACCCCCUUGACUCUGAAGGCAAAGGAAGCAUUGGGGGUAAUGAACGGGACGGCUCCAAGUGCUGCAGCAGCAGCAUUGACGUUGUACGACACAAAUAACCUUACUAUCUUGACCCAACUCCUAACGGCAAUGGCAACUGAAGCCCUCCUGGGCUCAGUGGACAACUACCAUGACUUCAUUUCACAGUGUCGGCCUCAUACGGGCCAGAUGGAAGUGGCAAACAACAUCAGAUCAUUCCUUAUCGGGUCCCAGCUCAGCAGAAAGAUGCAUUUCAAGCAACAGGGAUUGGUACAGGAUCGAUAUGCUCUUCGCACUGCACCUCAAUGGAUUGGCCCACAAGUCGAAGAUCUCUUAGCUGCAAAUUGCCAGAUCACCACUGAGCUCAAUUCUUCAACGGACAAUCCAUUGAUCGACGUGCCCGGAGAUCGUUUUCACCAUGGUGGGAACUUCCAGGCCGCUUCAGUAACGUCUGCCAUGGAGAAGACUAGAACGGCCUUGGUUAUGCUUGGAAGGCUUGUGGUGUCACAAUGCCAGGAGAUCAUCAAUCCAUCAACGAACAAGGGCUUACCUCCUAAUCUCUGUCUUGACAAUCCCAGCCUGUCAUUUACCUGCAAAGGAAUCGACAUCAACAUGUCAUCAUACUUUUCUGAGUUGGCAUUUCUCAGCAAUUCCAUCCCUAGCCAUGUGCAUACUGCAGAGAUGAACAAUCAGUCAGUGAAUUCACUGGCUCUCAUUGCUGCUCGGUAUGCAGCGCAAUCUGCCGACAUUGUCACAAUGAUGUGUGCGGCACAUCUAUAUGUGCUUUGUCAAGCACUCGAUCUACGCGCUCUGGAAAAGGACUUUUUCGAUGCUAUUAAGCCCUGCUUGUCCUCCCUUUUUGAUGAACUCUUCCAAAGUAGCGGAGUGGCUGGAAAUUUUGAAAAUGUCUGGUCACUAAUCACCACAUCAUGGCAUGCGCACAGUGAGUCUGACAUAGACUCCCGCUGCGAAAAAGUUUCGAAACACUGUGCACAUGCGAUAUUUGAUGAUCUCAUGUCCACCGGCGCAACACCAUCCUUAUAUGUGUCUGUACAAAAAUGGAAAUCUUCGGUGACCUCCGUUCUGUCUCAAGCGCAUGAAAGAACGCACCACCAGUUCACGAUGCAUCCGUCUACGCCCGAUUACCUGGCCCUCUCAACCAAGGAAAUAUAUCUCUUUGUACGCCAGACACUCCGCGUUCCUCUGCACCGUGGACUGGUAGAUCAUCCAGAGGCAUCGGACAGUGACAAAACAAAAAAGACAAUCGGGACGAAUAUCACGCAGAUCUACACGGCAAUUAGUAAUGGGCGGAUCACGGGCGCUUUGCAGAAGGCAACACAGGAAGCAAACUUAACUUCAUAG